CGUUAAUGGUGUAAAGGGGCGCAAAGCCGCAAACCCUAGCUCCUGCUCCUCAGCUGCUGCUGCUACCACCAUGUAGAUGUAGAUGUACAGGAAGAAAGAGCAGUGAGCAGAAACACCCCUUUUUUGUUUUUUAUGAAAUAAGAUAUUGAAAUCCGAAAGGCAAAACUUUUGACAAAUUGAAACUCCCAUUUCUGGUUUUAGCAAAUUGAUACUUGAACAUAGUUGAUAAUGUUGGCCAGUGGCGGCUCUCGCAUCCCUCAUCAACAUUUAGGGUUAGGGUUCUACUCCUCCAGAAUCGUGCAGCUCUCUUCUUUCAUGCUGAAACCUCCCUCCUCCUCCGCCGCAAUUGUUGACCAUCACAAUCAUCGUCUUCAACACCGUUCGGUUUCUUCUUCUAGUCCUCAGUCCAAGUCCCCAGGCGACAUUCCUAUUCUCCCUGAUUCUUUCAGCCAACGAGAAGACGAUCAUGAGCACCCUUCUGAAGCAUUGUCCUCAGUGGCAGGAGGGAUAGUUGCAUUGGGAAAGUUUGACGCCCUUCACAUUGGUCAUCGAGAACUUGCAAUUCAAGCAUCAAAGGUUGGAGCUCCAUAUCUUUUGUCAUUUGUAGGAUUGGCAGAAGUCCUUGGUUGGGAGCCUAGGGCUCCCAUAGUUGCCAUAUGUGAUCGUAAACGUAUUCUCUCCUCUUGGGCACCAUAUUGUGGUAAUGUAACCCCCAGGGAAUUCGAGGUACAAUUUUCAAGUGUUAGACAUCUUACACCAAGGCAGUUUGUGGAGAAGCUGGCGACGGAGCUUCAAGUAUGUGGAGUUGUGGCAGGUGAAAACUAUCGGUUUGGUUAUAAAGCUGCUGGUGACGCUUCAGAACUGGUGAGGCUGUGUAAUGAAUUUGGUAUAGGUGCUUACAUAAUAAAUUCUGUCAUGGACAGGCACCAAGAUUCCCGAAAUAUAGACCGUUGUGACUUGAAAGAGAGAGGACAAGUCUCAUCUACCCGUGUUCGACAUGCUUUAGCUGAGGGUGAUAUGAAAUAUGUGUCAGAGCUUCUAGGCCGCCGGCAUCGUCUGUUUUUGGCGGUGAAAGACUGGGAAGGCUAUACUGGUACUAGCAGUAAACGUAGGGUGUCAGCUCCAAAGUCUUCUUUGCUAAAUCUACCGCCUAAGGAUGGUUUUUAUGAGAACUGUUCUCUUGUAUUUGGGGAACAAAAUGUAGUUACAUGUAGCGUAUCUAUUGAUACGACUCAUAUCCAUCUAGUAGUAGAUCAGGUAGAUUUUUGUGAUUAUGAUUACUCUCAAACUCAGGUCUUGGGUAUUGAAUUUGGUGAAUUAAGAGUUAAUUAUGUUGGAAACAUUGACAGCAUGGAGUUGUUUCAAGUUCAUAACUAUGAAGAAGGCAUAGCUGAUGACACUGCUGAAGUGAUUUUGUCUUUUCAUUUGAAACGAAAGGAAAAAUCUAAAGUGAUUUUGAUGAUCAAGGAGGUGAGUGGCGACUGCUAUGGUGGGGCUUGGUCUGAGUUGAGAGUUGCGAUCACACAUGAUUUUGGUGUCGGAAAGAAAUAUUUGAACUGUUUCUCUGUGUAAACUCUUGUUUCUGUGCAGUAUUUCAGUUUGUUAUAUUUUGAACAGCUUUUGCCUGAGGCCCUUUGAUAGCCACGGAAGGUGGAGACUAGGAAUUUGAGUCGUGCAAACAAGUGCAGGAGAAGAAUGAAAUGCCUUAGAAAGCAUAUGGAUUUCAAUUGGAUACAUCUUGGCAGAGCAGCCAAAUGACUCACCGAUAAGAUACAAACCAGAAUUUGGACAAAUGUCAUCAAUGAAACGGUAUGGCAUCCACGAUGUAAAGCCAAACCUUUUGGAAGGACAGAAUACUUGGGGAGAUUAUCUCUUUAGGAUAUCCUCCAAACGAAUCCACCUUAUAAAUCUAGAAGACAAGAACCUUGCCUUUGGUAUCAUUUUUUUUCCCUUUAAACGCAAAAUUUGGGAGAAUUUUUCUUUGAGACAAAAUGUAGUGGCCAUCCCCGAUUCCUUUUAGUAGGAUAUAACUUAAGGGAUUGAUCAAAUGCUAAAGAAAAAUGGUAUAAGAU